CAAAUUUAAGGGAGAUUCAUCCUAUAAAUCAUUUCUCAAUUCUUGGAUAGAUAUCUACCUUACUGAUUGUGUGUGUAUUCGCAUUCAUAUCAAUGGAAUUAACUCCUAUCAAAGUCCGCGGUAAACGUCGCCGCCGUAACGAGGUUGCAGUCGUUAUACCGGAGAAAAGACCAAAGGUUUCUGCUAAACCAAAGCGACAGAAAUCUCGGAGAUCCCGCGAAUCAAAAGCAUCCUAUCUUGAGAAGAUCCCUCUAGAAAUACUCGAGCGUAUCCUUUGGUAUAGUGAGAACGUCAACUUACCCCGUUCUAGCCCCCUUAUUGGGCGACUCCUGUCAGGACAUUCUACUCUGCGCGAGACUUUCAUCGUAGCAUUUCAGCCUACCUGGGACGCCUGGUUCGGUUGUGUCGGCGACAGAAACGACUCAACUUGUCCCACUGAAGGUAAUCCCAACUUUCAGUCCGGCCUUUUGGAAUAUUCGUGGACCAAUAUAUCAUUUAUUUUGGAAUGUUGGGACUUCUAUGUCCGGAGGCUUGCGAAAAUACAGUCCUCUGGAAACAAUGUUCUUUUUCACCUUCAGCAUUUGAGGAUAUGGGGAGAUUCGGAUAACCCGGCCAACGCCAUGCGAAAGGACGACUCCUAUUUAGUCGACCCCCAGGAGGCAAGCCGGUGUUUCUUCCACGAUUACUCUACCUUCCGGUCAAUUCGAGAGCACAUUGGAUAUUACGUCAGGACGUUCGCUGAACCAAGUCCAUCCACUUUUCUACAAGUACAUAAGGAUACCUGCAUACCCGAUUCGUUGUUCACUUCACCUUACACUGACGAAAGUCACCAAAAGCUGUUUUGGUUGGUUCGAGGCGGUGCUCGUUUAUCCCCCGAUCAAACUUGGGAGCUCACUCUUCAGGCUUUCCGCGAUGCCGUGCCAGAGACAUUGCCUCACGCCGGAGAAGUCAACCUCAUCAUGAUCAGGCUGCUCUUUGCCUUGGGGGCUUACCGAUCCUGGCCUGAGUAUGUUGUUGAUGAGGAGGAGGAAAGACUACACUUCAUAUUGAGCAAGUUCACCCCCAAACCCACAGCCAACAUCGUAAAAGAGUAUAGGUAUAUCGCCCUAAUGAUAUCUGCACGUUAAUUUUUUUUUUCAAUCCUACAUUCAACUUCCUUUAGUAGCAAGUAUCAAUACAAAUCAGAACUUGGUCAGGUUUUUUUUUUGGUUGAAUUUACGGCAGUGGAGAAGUAGGUAGCCGCGUGUUUGGUGGGCACGCGAAAUACCAAACUAUUAAAGCAUAAGGAUACAUCUCC